AUGUCGAAUAAAGAUCCAAAAACAAAUAAAAAUAUUAAUACAAUUAAUGAUGGUAUGAAAGAUCGACGUGAUACUGAAUUAACUUUCUUAAAGAAAGUUAGUGAAGAAUAUGCAAUACGUUUAACACCAAAUGGAAGUGAACAAGGUGAGAAAAGAAUUAGAACAGCUAGUGAUGAAGAAUAUGAUAAAAUUAUUAAUGAAUAUGGUACACCAAAAAGAUCUCGAUCAAGUCAAAGAAAAACCCGUACAAUAACCAAUUCUUAUUAUACAGCGACAACGACAUCAAAUUACAAUAGAAUUUCUUCACGAAUGGAUAAAAUGGACAACCAAUUAAAUAAUAACCAACAAAAUGCAAUUGUUAAAACAGGAGAUUUUAAAUUUAAAAUCACGAGAAAUGCUAUUACUUAUGCUGUUGAACAAAAUCUUCCUGCAAUUCGUCUUGAAUGUGAACCUAAAUUAAAUGAACAUAAGGAUGGUGCUGCAUUAAUAAAAGAAUUAAUUAAAUUAAUUGAAGAUGAUGUUAAAAAAAUUAAUCCAAAAAUUAAAACAAAUAAUGAUAUUGGUUUUGAUACUUGGUUUAUUGAUAAUAAAGGUGAUUUACUAUGUUAUACUAACAAUAUCUAUUUAUUUAUAUUCUUAUGUGAUGUACAACAUGUACCUAAAACAAUUUUUAAUACUAAUGUAAAAGUUAUUUUACCAAAACAUUUACCACCAAAUAGAUCAAUCAUUAUUAAAGGUGUACAAAAUUCACUUGGUAUUGAGGAUAUUAAAAAUAUUCUUGAACAGAAAUUCAAAACGAUUUAUAUAAUUGAUGAAAUUACAGGUACAAAUAAUGGUAAAUCUCGCUAUGUCAGAAUGGAUUUAUUAAGUGAAAGUGAAUAUAAACAAAUUCUUAAUUCAGGUAUAAUAUGUAUGGAAGGACAAGUCUUCCAUGUUGUUGAAUAUCUUGCUGCUCCACGAGUGCUCUUUUGCUCCAAGUGCAACGAGCCAGGUCACAGCAAGAAAAAUUGUUCAUUUGAUUUUGAACGCUGCAGAAGAUGUGGUGGUGAUAGAAAUGUUGGCCAACAUAAUGAAUGUGAAAUUAGAUGCCAUAAUUGUAAAGAGGAACAUUUAUCGACUGAUUAUAAAUGUGUUGCUGUACAAUGUUAUCGACGAGAUCUUAUCCAACAUAUUCAACAACAUCCCGAAUCAUUACCAAAUGACAUUCAAUUAUUUAUUCCUACUCAGUAUCGACGUCAAGGUAAUAAAACAAUUAGUAAUCCAAAUGUCUAUACACGUCAAACACCUGAUAAUCAACAAGUAAAAAAUAGAAAUAACUCGGAGGAAUGGCCACAAAUACCACCACCAACUAGAUCAACAUUUUUUUCUUCUUCUUUUUCGAAAUGUUCAACUAAUUGUCCAUCGGACAUAAUGAAUAACCUCAAAUUACAACUAAACCAAAUUGAAAUCAAUUGUGCUUUAGCUAAAGAAGAAUAUGAUAGAAAAAAUAUGGAACUUAAAUCACAAAUAUCAACUAGCAUCAAUCAAAUUCAAUCCUUAAUUACUUGCUGUUCAUCUGUUAUACAAAAACAAAAUGAAGCAAUAGCGGUUUUAAAGAAUACAAUUAAUGAAUGUUUAGAAUUUAAUCAUGUAACUAACCAAGCUUUAUGUUUUAUUAUGGAUAAAUCUGGUGAUCAACAAUAUGCUGAAAUAUCAAAACAAUUAUCAUCUAUUCCAUUUGCUGAAAGACAAUCAGCCAUUAACAAAUUUUUCUCCACGUAUACACCAAUUUUAGAUGAUUUUACAAUGAAAUUACUAGAAGUUACACAACAUUUACACCUGAAUAUCAACAAUGGCUUAUAA